GGGUCUUUUAGAAGCAGUAGAAGAAUAUAGAAUUGAAGAUUGGAUAGCAAAAUGUAUCCAAUAUAUGGUAAAUAAAACUAUAGAUGAGAAACAGCCUAUAUUUAUUGGAAUGGCACAGUCAGUUACAAAAGUUUUAGAUAAAAUGGAAUGGCCAGUUAUAUGUGCAAAAGAUCAAACUAAAAUUGCUGAAAUGAUUGAAGUAGAUCGUUGUCAUGCUCGAUUUGUUGGAUGUGUACAAAUGCAACAAACUUCUAUUCCUUAUUCAAUGACAAUUGAUGAACUUCAACAAAAGUUAAAAACUUUAAAAAAAGCAACUUAUAUUACAGUUUUUGCAAUUUUAGCAGUUAUACCAGGAAUACCACCACUUGUAAUAGCAAAUUGGCUUGGUAGAAUGUAUUUUACUAAUUAUGAAUUUCAGAAUAAGUUAGGAUUAGUUAAGGAAUCAGAAUCAAUUCUAUUAAAAAAAUUCCCUCUCGAUCUACAUUUAUGUAAAAAUAAAUUACUGCUCUUAAGUGGAACAGAUUUUUAUCAUUGUAUAAAAAAGGGACAUAAUAUGCAUAAUUCUGACACACAUAUUGUACCAAUUGGCAAUUAUGUAAUGUCAACUGAACAUCUUUGGCAAUUAUAUAUUAUCUAUGGAGGAAAGUCUGGGCUAACUACUGAUGUAUUAAAUCCCAAAGACAAACAAUCUGAUGAACUUACUGAACGAUUUUAUUCAUCACAUAUUUUGCGAGCAAUUUUUGAACAUGCAGAAAAAUAUAAUAAUGAUACUUUUUAUGGAGAUCAUAUUUUUGGAUAUGCACGUAGAUUAAUUGAAGAUUUUACAUUGCUAGAUUUUUUAAUGAUCAAUGAAAAGAUUAUGAAAAAUAUCGAUAUUGAAAUGAAAGGGUCUAUUAAAUAUCCUGGUAGUAAUGAUAGCUAUAAUAUUCGUCUUGGAUCAAUUAAAGACUCAUUAGAUUCUGAACUAUCUUUAUUUCCAACAGAAUUUGAAAUUGGUAAUAUAUUAGAAAAGGUUUCAAUAGCUAUGCAUGAAAUUUUAAAAUCAGUUGGCAUAGAUUUUUCAUAUCAUAAAUAUAUACAGAUUAUUCGAGAAUGCUUUAAUUGCCAGCACAACUUUGUGAAUCAUGAGGAUGAAUUUUUAGAUGAAAAUGAAGAAGUAGAAUCAGUCUUAAUAAUGAUACUUCCGAAUUAG